AUGAAGUCCCCUAACGUAUACCAUCUCUCGGUAUUCCCAUACUCUCUCGAUGCUAAAGAUGGAGGCAAUCCUACCACCAUCUUCCUCAACGCCGACGAGAUGAGCUCCGAGCAGAUGCAAUCACUUGCCAAAGAGAGUGGCCAUGAGUGUGGAUUCGUUCUAUCUGGGGCUACCGGUGAUCAAACGCGGACAGACCUUACAAUGAGAUACUGGGUCCCCAACCACGAGAUGGAAAUGUGCGGCCAUGCCACAGUCGGUGCAAUCUGGGUCAUGGACCAGCUGGGCUUAUUACCUCCAACCGAAAGAAUCUCUAUUUCGACCAAAUGUGGUAUGGUCGAGGCACGAGUAGAUCGUGGAGAGCUGGAAACACGCGUGUUGGUGUCCCAGCCCAAAGGCUCUGUGGAAGACAUCGCCAGUGCGCAUGUCCUCGAAAUUGUGUCCUGUUUGGGAAUCACUGCAGAUGACCUCGCGCCGGGUUUCAAGGUCCAGAAUGCUCGCACCUCGCGAACGAAAACAUUGAUUCCAUUGAGAAGCCGAGAUAUCCUUAACAAAUUAAAGCUUGACUCAUGUUCGGUCAGUGAGAUAUGUGAAAAGAUCAACUCCACGGGCCUCUAUCCGUAUGCUGUGAUUGAUACGGAAGAUCAACUCAUCGAAGCGAGACAAUUUCCAAAAUCCGCCGGUUAUCCCGAGGAUCCGGCGACUGGUAUUGCGGCGGCAGCACUGUCGUUUGGCCUCUUGAAGACCGGAUUUCUUCAAAGUGGAACUACCAAGCCUCUUUUCGUGAGACAGGGAUGGAAGAUGGGAAAGCCAUCUGAGAUUCAAGUUCAGUUCAGGAUGCAAGAGAGUAGUGAUGUCACUGGCUGUUGGGUUUCUGGGAAGGUCAGACGGGUGUUUGACGGUCAUCAGGACGCAGCAUAA